AUGAACAGCUCGACUGCCCAGUCUUGGAGUGCUGCCGAGCAUUUUCAAAUGGACCCGGCCACAGAGGACUUUGCUGGCGCUGAGUUCAUCGACUUCGACAAUCUAGACCUGCACUUCAGCAUUGACGGUUACAAUCACGAAGGACCCGCCUCUAAUGGGAACCAACUCGCCGAUCUGACCGAGUCGCUCAAUGUCCACCAUCUCCAGGGCCAGUUUCCCCCGCAACUUCCCCAGGACCACCACGAUGGCGCCAACGGUGGCCAGCAGGUCCAGAAUAUGGGCGGCCAUGACAUGUCGCAGCCCGCCAACAACUUCUUCGACUAUGGCAUGCCCCAGUACAGCCAGGCUGGAACGCCAGCUUUCACCCAGGUCCAGGACCAGAUAUAUCGCCCACAUCAGGGCGUCCCGCCAACGCCGAAUAGCAUAGAGAUGCAUGGUGAUCCUCAUCGCUAUCUCCAAUUGGACCACCAGUCGCUGUUCGACCAGAGAUACCAUAUGCGCAAGGACGAUGCGACAUUUACCCCACUAGUUUCGCCCGCAGUGACGCCACACGAUGCGCGCUUCCAGAUUCCCGACUUCACCGUGCCGGGAGCCUACUUCAGCCCCCUUACAUCGCCUGCCCUGAAUGCCCAGAGCCAUCAGCAUGUACACCAGCAGUCGCAGAACACAACCUCCGGGAGCUCGACAGGGCACUCGCCUGUCGAUGUGGACAUGGAUAUGCUGGGUGAGCCUGCCAUGGUGCCACAGGACCAAGGACGGAGGAGUCUACGGAGUACCAACAAAAGGAACGCGCCACGGACAAACGGCAACGGUCGCGUACGACAGUCUCCCAUUGUGAAACCCAACAGGCGAAAAUCAACCGUUUCCUCGCUCAUCCCUCCCAAGGGCGUCACCGAACUUAUGCACGAAGCGCGGUCGAUGCGUCCGUCUACCAAUGGUCUGGAUGUGCCGAGGACUCGUGAGAGCUCAGAGACGGACUCCAUAUCUCCUGAGCCUAUGUUGUCUGAUAUGCGACCACCACCGAAGCCCGGUUCUUCGACCGCUUCCCCUGCUAUGAUGGCCCAGCGUAAUAGCCAGAAUGGCACUCCAGCCACUCCAGCGUCUCUUAUGCGGAUACAACCCUCGCCCGAUUUCAGUGGCUCCCAAGAAGCACCACCGAUGCUCGAAGACCUUACUCUACCAGAAGCUUCUCUGGACCGGCCAGGCCUAUCAAGAUUAGACACAGCGGUCCGGAAUGAAGACGGCGACACGCCUCGUCUAUCUGCGCGGAAGACUCCAAAGUUGAAUCCUCUGAGCACACCCGGCGCUUCCAUGUCAGCCAGACCUAGUCCGAUGCUAGACGCCAUGUCGACCCCGACAAGCCCAGCCUUCUCCAUGACCAACGGCAAGAAAGACCCGAAGCUGACGCGCAAUCCCAAGAAGAGGAACAGCGUCAGCUCGAAUCUUGUCAGCCCCGCUCUGAGACCCAAGAUCUCACCCAGCAUAAAGCCUCUACUACCCGACGGUGGAAGUGCAGGCGUAACCGACAACACCCACGCCCUUCUUCUGGCAUCCAAAUCAAACUACCAGAACAUCCUCGAUGGCACCACAGUCCCCGGCGUCGUCUACCCCACAUCACUCUCCACUAACCUCACCUCUAAACGCACAUCCCACAAGAUCGCCGAGCAAGGCCGCCGAAACCGCAUCAACAUGGCCCUCCAAGAAAUGCAGGCUCUCCUCCCUUCCCCACAACUCGGCGCCAUUCCAGAUGCCAAAAGCCCCGAGACCAACGCCCAAAACUCCAACAACUCCAAAGCAGCCAAGGUAGAAAGUGCCAUCGAGUACAUCAAACAGCUGAGACAAGAGGUAUCGGAGCGGGAUGAUUUGAUCAGCCAAAAGGACCAGGAGAUGGACGCACUGAGGAAAGAGCUUGCUGCACUCAAGAGGACAGGGUCAGAGGCCUUGACACCCGAAGCAGCGGCCCAGCUCAAAGCUGAGCCGUCUUCUAGCCCCAAUACCGAGAACGAAACUUGA